ACGAGGAGGAUUGAAGAAAAAUUUUCCAAACAAUUGCAUCAUAACUUUUUCCAGUCGAACCGUGCGUGGUCCAUUGUGUCCAUUGUGUGCUAGCUCGCUCGAAAAUGUUGAAGGCAGCCAGAUAUCUCUCCCGUACGCUGGUGGAAAACCGCGGACUGCUGUCGAAUAGAGAAGCUCUGUCUAAUAAUGUGCUGGCCCGUUUUAAAUCCGACCAGGUUAAGGGUGCCGUCAUUGGUAUCGAUCUGGGCACCACAAACUCCUGCGUCGCGGUGAUGGAGGGCAAAAAUGCCAAGGUCAUCGAAAAUGCCGAGGGAGCCCGUACCACACCGUCACAUGUUGCAUUCACGAAGGAGGGUGAACGAUUGGUGGGCAUGCCGGCAAAGCGUCAGGCAGUGACCAACUCCGCCAACACAUUCUACGCCACAAAGCGUCUGAUCGGGCGCCGGUUUGACGAUGCGGAAAUCAAGAAAGAUUUGGCAAACCUGUCGUACAAGGUGGUGAAAGCUUCGAACGGUGAUGCCUGGGUGCAGGGAAGUGACGGUAAAGUUUACUCACCCAGUCAGAUCGGUGCGUUUGUGCUGAUGAAGAUGAGAGAAACGGCCGAAGCGUACCUAAACACACCGGUCAAGAAUGCGGUCGUUACCGUUCCGGCGUACUUUAACGAUUCCCAGCGUCAGGCGACGAAGGAUGCGGGCCAAAUUGCCGGGCUGAAUGUGUUGCGCGUGAUUAACGAACCGACGGCAGCGGCCCUGGCGUACGGUAUGGACAAGAGUGAGGAUAAGAUCAUUGCCGUGUACGAUCUCGGUGGUGGUACGUUCGAUAUUUCCAUCCUCGAGAUUCAGAAGGGUGUAUUCGAGGUAAAGUCCACCAACGGUGACACACUGCUCGGUGGUGAGGAUUUCGACAAUCACAUCCUGAACUACCUGGCGCAAGAGUUUAAGAAGGAUCAGGGCAUCGACAUCAAGAAGGACGCGAUGGCAAUGCAGCGGUUAAAGGAAGCGGCCGAAAAAGCCAAAUGUGAACUGUCGUCCGCGGUGCAGACGGACAUUAAUCUACCCUACCUGACGAUGGAUGCAUCCGGACCGAAACAUUUGAAUCUGAAGCUAACGCGUGCGAAGCUGGAAACGUUGGUUGGUGAUCUUAUUAAGCGCACGAUUGCUCCCUGCCAGAAGGCGAUGUCGGAUGCGGAAGUGAAAAAGUCGGACAUUGGCGAGGUGCUUCUGGUCGGUGGUAUGACCCGUAUGCCGAAGGUGCAAUCAUUGGUACAGGAAGUGUUUGGUCGCCAGCCAUCGCGCGCAGUAAAUCCGGACGAAGCCGUUGCCGUUGGUGCCGCUGUACAGGGUGGCGUACUGGCCGGUGAUGUGACCGAUGUGCUGCUGCUCGACGUUACGCCUCUGUCACUCGGUAUCGAAACGCUCGGUGGAGUAUUUACGCGUCUUAUCACCCGCAACACAACCAUUCCGACGAAGAAAUCGCAGGUCUUCUCUACCGCCGCCGACGGUCAGACGCAGGUCGAGAUCAAGGUGCACCAGGGCGAGCGUGAGAUGGCUUCGGACAACAAGAUGCUGGGUUCGUUUACGCUCGUUGGCAUCCCUCCGGCACCGCGUGGCGUCCCACAGAUUGAGGUCGUGUUCGAUAUCGAUGCGAACGGUAUAGUGCAUGUGUCGGCACGUGAUAAGGGAACGGGCAAGGAACAACAAAUCGUCAUUCAAUCUUCCGGUGGCUUGAGCAAGGACGAAAUCGAAAACAUGAUCAAGAACGCGGAACAGUACGCACAGGCCGACAAACAGAAGAAGGACCGUAUCGAAGCUGUCAAUCAGGCGGAAGGAAUCGUGCACGAUACGGAAACGAAGAUGGAAGAAUUCAAAGACCAGCUGCCAAAGGAAGAGUGCGAUAAGCUCCGGGAAGAAAUUGCAAAGGUGCGGGAAAUCUUGGCAAACAAGGAAGAAGCAGAUCCGGAAGAAGUUCGCAAAACGACCAGUGCCCUGCAGCAGUCAUCGUUGAAGCUGUUCGAAAUGGCAUACAAAAAGAUGGCGUCGGAACGUGAGAGCAGCGGCAGCAGUAGCAGUAGUGGAAGCAGCGGCAGCGGUUCAGAGGAAGCCGAAAAGAAGGAGAACAAAAACUAAAUUAGCAAAACUCUACCUACCGUAACAAAGGGAAAGACUCACAUUUGCAACAACCAUAUUCUUUAGACACAAAAAAUCGCAUAAGUAGUGCAGUGGUCAUCACAACAAGCGGGAGAAUUCGUUACAGCAACUAAUAAACCUGAACAGAAUAAACCGUCUGUGGAAGGCUAUUAGUUUACAUCCAUUAGCUGGCGUUUGUGAAGCGUGGCUUCGUCGAUGCUGUCUCCCGGUGGAAGAACGUUGUUCCAUGAUCUUCCUCAAGACCCAGUGAACUGUUUGCAGCAGCUUAUCAACGUUUUGGUUUGGUUGGCAACGGUCGUCGUCGUUUACUAUACACACACUAUCAAUUCGCAACAAGAGUGAUGGGUGUGUGUAGCAUGUAAAAUGCGUAGUUGUUAUCUGUAGUCUUAAUCGUACACCUUCCUUUUCACAUCCUGGAGCAGCGCUCCUCUCUGCAUCCCGCCAAUGUCAAUAGAUUUGGCUUACAUUUAAUGCAAGUUGCACAAAACAAACAAACGGGGAUAGUUUUGCAAUAGAGAGAAGGAGGGUGUAGAGCAUUUUAUUUGGAAGCGUUAAAAGGGUUGAUGGUGAAUAACUUCUCCUAUUAUUACUAAUAUAAACAGAAUCAUCCACCCCGUUCGGCAGGCUAAUGCAUUACAACAUUUUUUUUUUCUGUUGCAAUCGAUAUGGGCACGUUCAAUGGUGCCGUUUUAGAGUAGUGCAGGAAACAGAAAUGUUUGCGGAAGUAUGUAUUACAUUUUCGACUAUUUUCUGUUCUCCGUUCUUCGAUCGCAGAGUGCAGAAUGUGUAGGGUAAAUAUAGGGAAACGAAUGAAGUGGAAAUUUAGCCAGUGUUUUUUUUUUAUUCAUUCUUCGUUGCAAAAUAAAACGAUAACGAACGAUACACAAGGUU